AUGGCCCCCGUCACCCUCACCGAGGAGCAGUUGCUCAGCCUGCGUUCUUUCCCAACCUACGAUAACAGAAUGGCUUCUCACACGCAGACCACCCAGACGCCCGCAACGGCUUCCACCGAUGCCUCCUCCCAGGCCGACUACUUCACAUCCUCGCUGAGCUCGGCGACCAACUCGUCUCGCAACUCGGUCGAGAUCCCCGACCGCGUCGUUGCCGUCGAGACCCCUGGCGGCACCAUCACCACCCACAAGACCAAGAACCCUCUGCCGCCUCUCUCCCGCGAGUACCCAAAGCCCACCAAGGACAUUGACGUCGAGGAGGCCCUUGCCCGCAAGCCUGGCCGCUGGACCGUCAGGGGCGCCCUCGCCGUCGAGAGACCGGCCCAGGUCGUCGACGAGGAGAAGCUCAAGGCCCAGCGCCGCAAGGCCCUCGAGGACGCCAAGAAGGAGCUGUUCGCCGCCAGCGAGGCCUUUAAGGCGGCACCGAUUCCGUCGCGCAAGAACGACUUCUAG